AUGACAUCACAGUUCCGCCAUUUUGGAUUCAAGUGGUACGUUUCAGGAAACAAACCCCGUAAACCGGUCCGGAUCUGCUGGUACGCCCUGUUCCAUUACGAGUACAGCAUAUUCGUACCGGUGCAACUGGUACGAACCCGAUUUAUAAAGGAACGCAAGGUUGAAAGUGGAAUUAUGGGAUGUGCACAUUCUAUGAAAGUUGCAAGCAAACCCAGUGUUUCAACGGCAAAGAAGAAUUUUGUGACAGAUAAACAAAAGCGCAUCAUAAAGAAAACAUGGAAAAUGAUGUGCAGCAAUAUAACAGGACAUGGUGUGAAGGUUUUUCUUAGGAUAUUUCAACUCCAUCCUCAUGUCAAACAACUGUUCCCGUGUAGGGACGUGGAAGGGGAAGAUCUGUUACGCGACUCCAAUUUCAAAGGACAUGCCUCAAGAUUCAUGCAGGCCGUCGGUGCGGCGGUGGAUAACAUUGAUGACAUUGAAGCAGUAUUAACGCCAUUGCUUUUUGGACUUGGAAGAAAUCACAUCAAGUUCACCGGUUUCAAGAACGAGUAUUUCGACGUCUUUACUGAGGCUAUGAUGUAUACGUGGCACGAAGAAUUGCAAGAAAAGUUUAAUGACGAGACUAGCCAGGCAUGGGCAACUAUAUUUGAAUUCAUAAUGGGCAACCUGAAAGCAGGGCAUUCAGAAGCCUUAGCUAAUAGCCAAAGGAUUGAAAAGAGCAAUAUUGAAGAAACAGAAUUCAUUGGAGUGAAUAGUUAA